UUUUUUCAGGUUUUAAUUUUAAUUAGAUGUCUUUGGUACAAAGAGGAUUGUUCAAAUGGUGAUGUUAAAAAAGGGGGACUACUUCUGGAUUGACUCCAGUAUUGGGGUCCCUAUUGGAGGAUGUGUAAAGAUCUCAGACAGUGGACAGUAUUUCCUGAUCGAUGAUGAAGGGAAGGAGCGCCUUAUCCCGGAGGGGGAGAGGGCCAGUCUUAAGCCUAUGCACCCCACCUCAGUGGAGGGUGUGGAUAACAUGGUCAAACUGGGGGACCUCAGUGAAGCUGGUUUACUCAGAAAUCUGCUGGUGCGCCACAGACAGGGUUUUAUAUAUACUUAUAUUGGCUCUGUGCUAGUGGCAAUGAAUCCCUAUCAGAUGCUGCCCAUCUACACAGCGGAUCAGGUGCACCAGUAUCACGGGCGUAAGCUGGGCGAGCUCCCACCACACAUCUUUGCCCUCGCUGACAGUUGUUACUUCAACUUGUGCCGCAAUAAGCGCAACCAGUGCUGCAUUAUCAGUGGAGAAUCUGGUGCAGGAAAGACAGAAAGCACUAAACUGAUUCUUCAGUUCCUGGCUGCUGUGAGCGGGCAGCACUCCUGGAUAGAGCAGCAGAUCAUACAGGCCAACCCUGUCCUGGAGGCCUUUGGGAAUGCCAAAACCAUUCGCAAUGAUAACUCCAGCAGAUUUGGGAAAUAUGUGGAGAUCUUCUUUAAUAAACAGGGUGUUAUAGAGGGAGCUCACAUGGAGCAGUACCUGUUGGAGAAGUCUCGUGUCUGUCAUCAGGCACCACAGGAAAGGAACUACCACAUUUUCUAUUGUAUGUUAUCUGGGAUGCAAAGUGAGCAGAAGAAGACUCUCUCGCUUGGUAAUGCAUCACAGUUCAAGUACCUGACUGAGGGUGAUUGUUUGACAUGUGAUGGUCGUGACGAUGCUGAUGAGUUCGGACGGAUUCGUGCUGCUCUAAAGAUCCUCACUUUCUCAGACAGGGACUGCUGGGAAAUCUUCAAAUUACUCGCUGCCAUUCUCCAUAUGGGCAAUAUCAACUUUAAUAGCACUAUAAUGAAUAACAUGGACAGCUGUAACGUUCUGUCAUCGAAUAAUUUUUCGGUUACUGCCAAGUUGUUGGAGGUAGAAGAUGAAAUUCUUGAAAAGAGUCUCACAUAUCGCUCCUUCAUGACAAAUAGAGAGAUAGUCACUAAAGCCCUCAGCUCAGAGCAGGCCAUAGACACCAGAGAUGCUUUUGCCAAGGCACUGUACGGACGGCUGUUUGUUUGGAUGUUCACAAAAAUAAACAGCGCCAUUCACAAACCACAGACUGAUGAGUCCUCUUACACGCGCAAGUACAUUGGCCUGCUUGACAUUUUUGGCUUUGAGAAUUUUCCUCAGAACAGUUUUGAGCAGCUGUGCAUUAAUUAUGCCAACGAGCACCUGCAGCAGUUCUUUGUGAGUCACAUCUUUAAGCUGGAGCAGGAUGAAUAUAGUAAAGAAGGCAUCUCAUGGAAGCGCAUUACUUUCAGUGACAACCAGAAAACCCUGGACCUGCUGGCCAUUAAACCUCUCAACAUACUGGCUCUGGUCGAUGAGGAGAGCCACUUCCCUAAGGGAACAGAUGCCACAAUGUUAAACAAAAUGAACCAAGAACACAAUGGGAACAAACUGUAUAUCUCAUCCAAGAGCAAACAUGGCAUGCAUUUUGGGGUUCAGCACUUUGCUGGGCUGGUUUAUUAUGACUGUGAAGGUUUUUUGGAGAAGAACAGAGAUGCCCUGAGCACGGACAUCAUGGAGCUGGUUCGGAAAUCUUCCAACAAGUUGCUCAAGCAGAUCUUUGAGAAGGAGAUGAAUACAAACUCAGUCAAAAACACUAACAAACUGAACAAAAUCAUCAUGACGCCGAAGAACUCAUUACGUCAAGUAAAUGAUUCGAGGCGGCAGAUAUCUACUCUGAGUGGCCAGUUCCGCCAGUCUCUGGACUCUCUGAUGAAGGCCCUGUCUCUCUGUCAGCCCUUCUUCAUACGUUGCUUCAAACCAAAUGACAAAAAGAGGCCCAUGUUUUUUGACAGAGAGCUCUGCAUGCAGCAACUUCGCUACUCUGGAAUGCUGGAGACCAUUCGAAUACGCAAGUUGGGAUAUCCCAUCCGGCACACCUUUAAAGACUUCCUGCAGCGCUAUCGUGUGCUCCUGAAGUCUGUAGAUUGUGACCCCAACACUGAGCCUUCUUCCGACUGCUGUGCAGCCAUCUGUAGGGCUAUGAUCAAAGACGAAGAGGACUGGAAGAUUGGCAAAAACAAAAUCUUUCUCAGGGAUCAUCAUGAUUCCUUCCUAGAGGUGGAGAGAGAGCAAGAGCUUAAUAGGAAGGCACUUAUCAUCCAAAGAGUGAUGCUUGCCCACAAGGAUAGAGGAGCUUUUGUAAAGAAGAGGAAGGCAGCUCUGGUUUUGCAGAAAAACUGGCGUGGCCACAGAGACAGAAGAGGCUUUUGCAAACUCAAGCAGGGAUUUGCUCGGCUGCAGGCCAAAGUGCGCAGUCGGCAGCUCCAUACGGAGUAUAUGCGCAGACGGACUGCAGCCAUGACUCUACAAACACAGACCCGUGGCUACCUCGCCAGGAAGGACCUGAAAUGUAAAAAAAACGCAGUGAUACUGCUGCAGGCUCAGACCAGAGGACUGCUGGCCAGGAAAACCCUCAAGAGAAUGAAAUCAGAUGCGUUUUUGACUGCGCAAGAAAAAGAGGCCCAGGAACUGGCAGCACUGGAGCUUCAGCAACGCCUAGAGGAGCUGCUCAGAAAUAACGAGGAAGCUGCCAAAUCCCAGAAUAAGGAUGAUGAGGAAAUGGUGGAGAAUCUCUUUGGCUUCAUGAGUACAUUAGGAGGACAAGAGGGCCAAGCUCCUGAGGGUUUUGAGGAUUUUGAGGCAGAGCCGGUGAAGUUAGAAGAGGUUGAACUAGUAGAGAGCCCUGUAAUGGCGAGAAAGGCUAGGUCAUUACCAGACAGCAGUGAAGACGAAAUAGAGGAUAAAGAGGAGAAGAAGAAGGAGGAGGAGGAGGAGGAGGAGAAGAAUGAAGCUGAGGAUGAUGAGUUCGCUUUCUCUAAAUUUACAUCUUUACACUUCCAAGGAUCUUCUACCCACUCGCAUAUCCAACAGAGACUGCGGAAACCCCUGCUCUACCAUGAGGAUGAAGGGGAUACCCUGGCCAGUUUGACAGUAUGGUGGAUCAUACUAAGAUUUAUGGGAGAUCUUCCAGAGCCGAAGCAAGAACGUGUUUCUACAAUUGCCGACCCCAUUCAGAGGAACCUCGGUCAGAGACAAGCACGGCGACUCAGUAACCUUGUUGGAUUAGAUCAGAAAUUUUUGAGGAAAAAAAUGAAGCAGCAGAAGGGGACAGGGAAACGAAAGCCCUCAGCCAUUCCUGAAGAAGAGCCAGAAGAAGUACCACAACCUAAAAUGGAGGCAGUUCAGGAGGAAGAGGAUGUACUGUUUGGAGAGGGACCAACUUUUGAUCGCCCAAUGACAUCCUUGGAAAAAUUACACAUUAUUGUGGGAUAUGCCAUUGUACGACAAGAUAUAAGAGAUGAAAUCUACUGUCAGAUCUGUAAGCAGUUAACAGACAAUAAGAACCAGAAAAGUGUAAAAAGAGGCUGGAUCCUUCUGUCCAUCUGUCUGGGCAUUUUUUCUCCUACAGACCGCCUCACUAAGUACCUGGAGAGCUUUAUACGCCAUGGGCCAAGUGAAUACUCCUCCUUCUGUGCGGAGCGACUGCAAAGGACUUUAGCCAAUGGAGAAAGAAGUGAGCCGCCAUGCUGGGUUGAACUACAGUCUGUGGAGACCAAGAACCCCAUUGUAGUGGUUGUGGGUCUGAUGGAUGGCAGAAGCAUCAGCCUCCAUGUGGACUCAGCCACCACUUCUAAAGAGGUGUGCAAUUCAGUUAUCCAGAAAAUAAACCUGCAGGACAGUUAUGGCUUCUCCAUAUAUGCUGCAAUGAAUGAGAAGAUGUGGUCUCUAGGCAGUGGCAGUCAGCACAUCUUGGAUGCCGUGUCUAUGUGUGAGCAGGAAGAAAAGAGGCAGGGGAGAGAGGAACAGCACGCUCCUUGGCGCCUCUAUUUCCGCAAAGAGAUCUUCACUCCGUGGCAUGACUGUUCAUCUGACCAAGUCAGCACAGAUCACAUCUAUAGGCAGAUCAUCCAUGGACUCAAACAUGGAGAAUAUCUGUCUGAUAAGGAGGAUGAUUAUGUGCAGCUCGCAGCCAAAUAUUACUAUAUACAGCACGGCUCUGAAAGCAGUUUGGAAACUGCCCAGAAGAUUGUUCGUGAGUGCAUGAACAUGACUAUAAUUGAGAACAAGUCUUUGGUCAAACUAGUGCAGUUGGUCAAUUCUGCGCACACAGAGGGCCCUUACAUAAACUCUACUACACCUGUCCAUGAAGUAAAAGCAGAGAUCGUCCAAUAUGCACAGCAGAAGUGGCCAAUCUAUUUCUCCAAGUUAUAUGAGGCUAACGUGGUUUCAGGUCCCCCACUGCCUCAAGACCAGUUUGUAGCUGUUGUGAACUGGAAAGGGGUCUUCUUUCAGGACGAGACAGAAGCCGCAUUUCUGCAGCUCUCUUAUCCCGAGGUGUCAAGAAUCGAAAUGCUGAGCGAUGAAAAGUCUGGUGGGAUUGUAUGUUUGACAACUCCAAAGGGGAUGUAUGAGCUGAAGGUUGUGAAGGGAAACGAAUUUGUGGAGCUGGUCAACAUGUUCAUCUUAGGGCUUAAGAAGAGAUCCCUGUAUGCCGUGGCAAUACAGGACCUUAGCAGACAAGAGGAUCCCACAUUCCUGAGCUUCAGAAGGGGCGAUGUGCUGUAUAUCAUAAAGGAUGGAGAAUAUAAUUUUGAAGAAGGCUGGAUCAAAGCGAGGAAUGAGAGGACAAGUCAAACUGGAGCAGUUUCCUUAGAUUCUAUUCAGAUUCUACCGAUGUUGACUAGGCCUACAGAAGAAACACUGAAUUUGCUGAAUUUGACCCCAGCACGGAGAAAGUCAGUGAUGCCGGUGAUGCCGAUGUUGAAGGAGGAGCUCAGCACAGAGAGAGUCGCCCACAUGUCGCUCAAGGAGUUCUCUUUCGACUAUUUCAGGGAGUCAGGUAAGGAGGGUGGUCGUGGCAAGGGAGGAGCCAAAGAGAAACUGUGGGCCAACAGCAAAGAGCCUCUCAAACAGCCUCUGCUCAGGAACCUGCAGGGCAACUCAGAGCUCUGCCACCUCGCUUGUGACUCCUUCACAGCUAUCCUUAAAUAUAUGGGAGAUUAUCCAGUCAAGCAUGUACGGACACCCAUAGAUCUAACAAACCAGAUCUUUGGGCCAGCAACAGCGCACGUCGAGCUAAGAGAUGAGAUCUACUGCCAAAUAAUGAGGCAGAUGACUAAUAACAAACAUGGGUUGAGUAUGGAGCGAGGUUGGCAGCUGUUGUGGCUGUGCUGUGGUCUCUUCCCUCCUAGUCAGUUGUUACUGAGGCAUGCUCAACGUUUUCUGGAGUCCAGGCCCAGAGAGCCACUGGCCUCCACCUGCUUGCAGAGGAUGCAAGCUAUGCUCAGGUUAAACUUUACUACUCAAACAGAUUGUUUGAUUAUUGUAAACAUGAAGGGGCGAAUGUUGAACUGUAAUGCAUUUUUUAUUGUCCCGUACAGUAUCGAGGGAAGGAAGUUGCCUCCUCACCAGGUGGAAGUGGAUGCCAUUCAGAAUAACAGCACUCAGAUCUUCCAUAAAGUUCAUUUUCCCAACGAUACAUCUGAAAUAUUUGAGGUGACCACCACCACGAGGAUCAGAGAUUUAAUUCGCAACAUUUCCAAAGACCUCCGCCUCUCCUCAUCCGAUGGAUACAAUCUGUUUGUGAAAACAGCCAAUAAGGUAGUAAGUAUGGAUUCUGAAGAGUACUUUUUUGACAACCUCAGGCAACUCACAGAUGUCGCCAAAAAAGGAAAGAAAAUCAAGGAGGCUGCUCCAACUAUUGUCCCUUACCUGGUGCUCUUCAUGAGGAAGCUCUGGUUUAACGUGAUCCCGGGGAAAGAUCUAACCGCUGACCUAAUGUUCCACUUUCCUCAGGAAUUGCCGAAGUAUUUGCGGGGUUACCAUAGUGUGUCUAAGGAGGACAUGAUCAGUCUGGCAGGACUGCUGUUGCGUACUCAGAUUGACACGGAUAAGUCACAGUUUGUCAUGAUCCCUAAAAUGCUGAAAGAUCUAGUGCCAGCUGAUCAGCAGAGGAUCAUGACUCCUGAGGACUGGAAAAAGCACAUGAUCAGUUCAUACAACAAGCAGGCAGGCAUAACUGUAGAUGAAGCCAAACUCCAGUUCCUGAAGACCAUCUCACAGUGGCCUACCUUUGGAUGUGCUUUCUUCGAAGUAAAGCAAACAUCUGAGAAGAGUUACCCCGGUGUCAUCAUGAUAUCAAUUAGCAAACAAGGAGUUAGCCUCAUCAACCCUAAGACAAAGGAAGUGCUUGUGAUGCAUCUAUUCAGUAAGAUCACUUCCUGGUCUAGCGGAAGCACCUAUUUUCACAUGACCAUUGGCAAUCUAGUGCAGGGCACCACUCUGCUCUGUGAGACCUCAAUGGGUUAUAAAAUAAGCGAUCUCCUGUCCUCUUACAAGAACAUGUAUAUGAAGGAGAUAACAGUGGUGCGGCCCAGAAAUCAAUUGUUCUCUUGAAUCAGCAUUUAGUAUGAUCAUUUUUUGGUAGCGUAUUUCUAUUUUUUAUCUUUACCAUAAUAAUUCUACUAUAAAUUUGUUUUGGUAAUUUUGGUGUACUCUGUAAGUAAAAUUAACAUUUAUAAUUACUGUCGGAAAUCACUUUUUAAUAUGUAAGUCACUAUAGAUCUGUCAGUGAAUCAGCUGUUUAAAUCAUGUUUUUGCUUGUUGCGUCUUCUAUGUGCAUAUAUAUGUUUUAAAUAAUAAUUUUAUAGGCUUAGAUAUUUAUUAUAUUUCAAUAUUCCACCUUUUCAUUGACUUUGCCUUGCAAUGUUACACUAGGUGGCAGUAUUUUUACAGUUUAAUUCUAAUCUAUCUAAUACUGCUUUGUAGGAACAACUAUAUUUAACAAUAAAAUGUAAAAUUCAAA